GUACUCCCUGAGUCUGGGUCAGGGCCAGUGCUAAUCAAGCAUAGGUACACAAAAUUAAAAUGGAGUGUAAGUAAAAAAGAAGCAAAACACAGACUUUCUUCCACUUUAACCAGUUGUUGGAUAAUAAAAUCCCUUUAAGAGAGGAAACCAGAUCUUUAGAGAAAUCAGCUCCUUUACCUUCCAAGUUCCCCAUUGAAAGGUUUUUUUGCUGCUGCGGACAGGUGAGCAAAGGAGCUAUGCAUUUCCACUGUGCAAAUGUACACGGAGAGGACAGCCUCAACCCCCGAGAGGAUCCCAGGGUUUCCGGCUAACCACUGCAGGCCACAACGCUCUAUUUCAGUGGAGGGAUUUCCGUCCUGCAGCUAAAACUGACCAUGUGUCUUUACCGCCGCGUUGCUGGUGCGGAGGCGGUGCGUCUUGGGAAGAUGCCGGCCCAGCGCCUGACGGACGGGGACGCGCAUUGAAGCCAGGCUGGGAGGGGAGCCUUUCAACCCCAGCCGUCUUCGCAGGACCCGGAGCCCACCGGCAGGAGCCGAGCGUUCCCCGCCCGCAGCAAUCUGCGGUCGCUAACCGGCUGUGCGGCAGCCGCAGGGACUCCGGGUGACCUGGGAGCACAGCCCUCCGCUGAGUGCCGACCCAGCCAGGGCGAGUUCAACGAACGAGCGUCACCAGCACAGUCUCGCUUCACCGGCUGUUUGGCCUUAAAUCAUGGGCAGGAAGCUGGACCUGUCUGGUCUGACCAACGAUGAGACAGAGCAUAUCCUCCGGGUGGUCCAGCGAGACUUCGAUCUUCGUCGGAAAGAGGAGGAGCGACUGGGAUGGUCAGUGCUGGUCAUCAUCUUCCAAUCCGGGCCCAGCUUUUCCUGGGAAUUCAUUCAUUCAUUCCUCAGUGUCCAGUGAAAUAAGGCGGAAGCUGGCGGAGGAGCAUGGCAGGAGCAGCACCCUGUCCAGGCACCGGGCGUUCGUGGAAGGCUGCUGCAUGCGCUGCUGCUCACCCUUCGCCUUCCUGGUCAACACCAAGCGCCAGUGCGGGGACUGCAGGUUCAGCGUCUGCAAGAGCUGCUGCUCCUUCCAGAGGCGCGAGAAGGCCUGGAUCUGCUGCGUCUGCCAGCAAGCCAGGCUUCUGAAGACCCAGUCUCUCGAAUGGUUCUACAAUAGCGUGAAGAGCCGCUUCAGGCACUUUGGCAGCGCCAAGGUCCUGAAGAACCUGUACCGGAAGCACCGGCUGGAGAGCGGCACGUGCGUCGACCUCCUAGGAGGAAGCUUUUUUGAGGCGAACCUGGAGAAUGAAGGAAGUAUUUCAGGCAGCGACUCAACAUUUCAUAGGCAGUUGGAAGGACACAGCAUGAUGGACACGCUGGCUGUCGCCCUGCGGGUGGCUGAAGAGGCCAUUGAGGAGGCGAUUUCCAAAGCAGAAGCCUAUGGGGACAGCCUGGACAAGCAGAAUGAGGCCAGUUACCUGCGGGACCACAAGGAGGAGCUGACCGAGGAGCUGGCCGCCGCCAUCCUGCAGAAGAUCAUAAGAAAACAGAAGAGCAGAAGUGAGCAGCCAAUGGAAGAGGAGCCACAGUGGCCACAGCCCAGCAGCUCAAAGGCAGCCGGUGGGGGGGCCAUGGCCUCUCCAGGCAGCCUCCCAGCCUCCACCUUCUGGCGGUCCAGGUCUGCGUUCUCACUCACCAGGGAAGAUGCCCUGAAGACCUCAUCCGUGGAGACUGCAUCGAGGCUGCUGAGGGGCCGGGGCCAGCAGCCGAGGGAGGAGCUGGCGCUGCCUGGCUGGAAGCUCGCGGACAGGCUGGACUUGGCCCCGGUUUUGCAGAGCCCCGACGGGAACUGGCUGGCCCUGAGGGGUGGCGUUCUGCUGGCCACACCCAAAAGCGGCACAUUUCAGGCCCUGGAGGCCGCCUCCAGCGCAGCAUCUGCCUACGAUGUGUUGGGCUCUGACAGUGAGGAGGACCUGGACUGGAGUGAGACCUCAACCGUGCUGUGCCCGCGGCCCCGAGGCCAGCCCAGGGACCCCCAGCCCUGGCUCAGGCAGGCCCAGGGCUCAGCCCAGGGCCCCUCAGCCUCCUCUGCCCCCUCUGGCCUUUCCCCCAGCCCCGAGGCCAUGUUUUCUGACUCAGAGACCUCCUCAGCAGAGUCUUCCCGGGAAGGGGGGGGCCAGGCUGGACCGUCCUGGUGGCAGAGGAAGACCCCUAGGGACCUGGCAGCUGAGAAGAUGUGCCUACAGGGAGAGCUGGACGUGAACUUCAACCCGCAGCCUGCCAGCAGGGAGACCUCAGAUAACAGCGACCCUGGCGAGGCGCCCCAUGCAGCAGACCAGCAGGCCAGGGUGGGGAGAAGGGCCCAAGUGGGUUCGGAGGAGCCAAGCAAGGAAUUAUGUUCCCCCAGCGCCCCUUCCCAGGAGCUGGAUGCACAUCAGGCGUGGGCUGACUUGUCAGAGAAUGAUGUCGUUAAUGAGGCUCUGCAGCCGGAGACCCACACAGUCACCACGGACAAGAAACUGAGAAACAGGUUGUAUGAGCUAGCGGCGCAAAUGAAUGAGAAGGACACUUCUUCAGGGGAGGACCAGGAAUCUGAGCCUAAGACAGAGCCUGAGAACCAGAAGGAAAAUCUGUUCUCUGAGGACAACAGCCAGAGUGUCCAGGAAGAGCUGCAGAAGAAGUAUUCUGCUGUUUCUCUCUGCAACAUCUCCACAGAAGUCCUGAAAGUCAUCAAUGCCACAGAGGAGCUGAUAGCAGAGUCGGCGGGGCCCUGGGAGUGCCCACCUGCCCCUCCCAACAGAGAGACGGGGACAUUUCCUCUUGGGACAGACCAAGUGAGACUGGAUGAGCAGCUGACCUCCCUGGAAGAAAAUGUGUACCUGGCAGCAGGCACUGUGUAUGGACUCGAAGGCCAGCUGAAUGAACUGGAGGAUGCCGCCCGCUGCAUCCACAGCGGCACUGAUGAGACUGAACUGGCCCAUCUGGAGGACCAGGUGGCCACAGCUGCAGCCCAGGUCCACCAGGCUGAGCUCCAGAUAUCUGAUAUAGAGAGCCGGAUUUCAGCCCUGACCAUUGCAGGAUUAAACAUAGCUCCAUGUGUGCGCCUCACCAGAAAACGAGAUCAGAAGCAAAGGAACCAGGUACAAACCAUAGACACAUCAAGGCAGCAGAGGAGGAAACUGCCGGCUCCGCCUGGGAAAGCUGAAAAAACGGAGGCAUCUUCAGUGACCAUUAAAACAUUUAACAGCAACUUCAUUCUCCAAGGCUCCUCGAUAGACAGGACUGUAGAGUGGAAAAGCUCCAGCAAGGACUCGCCGGAGCCUGCCCAGGAGUCGGCUGCCAUGUAUUAGCGCCAUGGAACCCCACUGCCAGUGACCCACUGCCGCCAGCCGUACCCAACAGUGCCUUGACCCACAGCCACCAAAGCCUGCACGGAUUUCCACCUGAGGAGAGAGCCUGGGAGGCUCAGCGCCACUGCCCACUGCAAGGGCUGCCCGAUACCUAGGCCCAGUGCCCUCCCAGAGCCAGCACGGCACUGGCGUCCACUCUCUGCCUUAGGCCCCCAGGGAAUCCAAGAUGCUGGCAGCCAACAGCAGAGCUCCACCUUUUCCCAGGUUGUUUUGCUGCUGUGUGUUGUCUUAGUUGUUUUUUUUUUUUAAUCCCUUGGUUCAACUAGAAUCACAUGUCAAGUAUUUCUCCAAAGGAAAAUGGCUGGGGUGGGGGCGUGGAGGGGAGGAAGAUGGGUAUUAUCAUUUCAUCUGUCACCAGUUCUCGUUAGUCUCUCACAAGCACCUUUGUCCUACCAAUGCUAAGGGGAAGUGAAGAUGCCCCUGUAUGCACAAGCAACUGUCUACUUUGGGGAACACUCACCCAUCCAGGAUGCGGGUCUCCCUUCAGCCACCUCCUACCUGCUAGACUGCCUGCAGCCCUCCCUGCCAUUCCCAUGGCUUGCGGUCAAGCCAGAAUAGAAGCUCUGAUGUACCCGUGCCCUGCCCAGGUCCUCCUGCAACAACAUCCCCUUGAGGACAUGCACUUCUUCCCUGGACUUACUGAGGUUCCCCACUCUGAAGGGGAGGGGGCUUGACUUAACUUCGGGGCCCUGUCCAGAAUCAACAUGAUGCGGCCCAGCAAUGGCCACAGAUGAGAGUCAGGUAAGUGGGUUCCUUACCUAAAUGAACUUCAACCAUGUCAGAAAAUGUCCUCCAAAAUUUAUUUCCCAAUAAAUAUUCAGCAAAAGUAGUAAAAUGAAAUGACUUAAAGAUAAAAAUUGUUAAGGAACAGCCUUAGAAAACAUACAGGUAUGAAGAAAACAAGAACAAACUAAAUUUAAUGGGCACAAACAUCCACAUGAACUGCACAUUUGUGGUCUCAAAUGUAUGAUGGCCCAGAGUGUGUUUAAGCACAUGGAAUUGAAUUUCACUUAACUGAACAUUAACAGCCUUUUAAAAUUUGCCUCUGAUAUAUUCUAAAUCUAAGAAAACAGAAAGCAGGAGGCAGGGAAACAGCAUGACCAAUGUUUACUCAGUGACUAUGUGGAAGGAGGCAAUACUCUCCUCAUUUCAGUCCUAUAGCAACCCUAUUCAGUAGGUAUGCCCACUUUGCAGAUUUGGAAACUGAGGGCCAAAGAGAUUACUUUUCCCAAGUCACACCUUUAAGCUAAGUAUAAUUGGGAUGCCUCCCAAAAGCCUCACUCUGUUUCCAACUCUGCAUUCUUGCUGCUGUGCACCUGACUGGACCUGAUGUUCUGCUGAAAUGUGUGUGAUGACCCACUCUUGAUGGGGGUCUACCUACCUUCCAAUAAUACUCCUUGCCAAUGCUGUGUAUGUGGUAAACAGAAAUGACUCCUUUGAAAUAAGCUACAUCUUUGGAUUUUUGUUCUGUUGGUGUGAUUCAAAGAAAACAUACAAAAUUUAAAAACACUAUGAAAAAAAAGGUCUGAGCUCCAAAUAGAACUCAGACCUUUUUUCUUUAAGAGGCAUGAAAAGCAACUAUUGUGUCACGGUGUUAAAAUAUUUCAAUUUUCUUUGACAAAAAUGUGUACUGUGUAAGCCUUGUGGAAAAAAAAAGCAGCUGCCUGCUCUAUGGCAUUUGAAAUUUUAUAAAGGGUUCCUUGUGCCAAAUAAGUGCAAGUAUUUAAUUUACUAUUAGAAACCAUAAGCAUAUGUUAUAGUUCCAGAAGAAUUAUUUUGUCAUCAAGUGAUUUUGAUCUUCAGUGUCAAUAUUUAUAUUCAGAUUAAUUUUUAUAAAUGAAAAUAUUUUAAUGAUCUAAGAAAAUGCAAAGAGGCCCAUGUCUUGAUGAUUUCUGAAAUGCUUGCCUUCAUGUGACAUGCACAUUGCCAAGACUUACUGUCAAAAGACAUGAUUAAGAAGUAAAAGUCAUUUAUGAAAA